CGACCAACACGUCCAAAAUCACGAGUUUUAGUUGCUUGACAUCUUGCGCUGCACACUCCCCCUCGCCUGCAGCGUCCAAAGUAUGAUUCAUCGCAGCACUACUACGGACCGCAAACCUUCCCUCGACCCAGAUGGCUGAAAGAUCGCUCAACCAUCUCAACUACGGCCACCCUGGUGUAGCAUUAUAUGACCUGGAAAAUAGAGCAUGGAGUUUCGCCAGACAGCAUGCAAAGACGCACUUGAAGCAGGUCAAUUCGUGGAAAGACCUUUCGCCCAACCCGACAUGUGCACCUCCUGCUUCCACACAAAACCCCACCUCAUCAGUUUCUACGAACGUCACGGGCGCUCGAAAGCGGCUCGAAAGACUCAUCCGUGACUACCCCCAAAUCGCUCCAGCUUCCGCGCUGCUACCCGAACUCGCUGUUGUCUCUGCUGCCAUUCUAUCCACGACCUCGACCUACGACCCUCUUGUUGGGAGUCUCUUUUCUUUGGGAUCAAUUACCUUCGGAGACAAGUGGGACAACCCAAGACGUGUCGCUGCGCUGCCUGCCGGAGGAGCUGGGAACGUGCUGCGUUUGGCACUGCUCGUCAAGGAAAGGCAUGGCUGGGGCGUUGACAAGAGUGUAUGGUUGGAAGGACUCUCUUUGACGGACGGACCCAGUGGAUAUUGGAAUGAGGAAGCAGCGCCGAUACAACAAGUGUGCUUCGCACAAUCCGACGACAAAAGCUCUUUUCUUGCUGUCCGACUCCCCUCAAGAACCGUCUUCUUUCGACCCAAGUACCACCAGCGCCGCCAACCUGCUCGUCCAUCGCAGUAUUACGACAUCCCUUCCUCCGUUGUCGACGCACAGCCAAUACUGAGUAUAGAACUCGAACAGAGUGGAGGGGCGCCCCAUGCCGAUGUCACCUUCAAUCCCGACUUCCAGCUCCAAUGUGGUAUGGUCGACCAGCAGAACACUUGGAGUGUUUGGGACAUUGACUAUGCUCGGAAAGGAAGCACGUACUCAAUUUCGUGCUUGAUUCAAGGACACAUCGUGCCGCCGGAAGAUUCGACACUGGCUGGAGAAGACGGGUGGGCACGGAUUCUUUGGGUAGGCGACGUGAACACACUUCUGGUCUGCAACAGAAGACACCUGAGCCUUGUGAGUAUCAGAGGGGACUCAUACGAGCGUCUUCAAAGUUCCGCACUCCUUAACCAACAAUCAUCAGAAUGGAUCCUGGAUGUCAAGAAUCACCCAAGAUACAGGAACCGCUUUUUCGUGCUUACGUCCGCUCGUCUGUUUCUCAUGGCCAUCACCACUUCAAGCGAGGCUCUGGAUGCCACCGCUGGCGAGGCGGGAGCGGUUUCGUUGAUAUCCUGGAGACAUUAUCGUGGAAGCGAGGACUUUACAUUGCAAAUGACUGUGCAGAUGCUUACAGAGGAUGAAGCUGGUGUACUUCUCUACUCUCGCGUCAAUGACCUCAUUCAAUUGUACAUCUUUCAUCAGCAUGCAUCGGGUGCUGCUCCUUUUAUGUCGAGCUCAGACCCAAUAACCCUCAAGCUUGCAUCUGACGAAGUAGGACACAUCAAACAACUACACUUGGAACCUCUCUAUUUUGGCGAAAGAGGACAACAAGGCCACAAGUCAGGUCCUGGUCGUUUGUAUAUGGAAACAGAUCUCAGGUUUUAUCAGUUGUUUGUGACACUGUCGGACCUAAGCGUACGUGAAGUGAUCGUGUAUGCUCAUGAGUCUGACGCAGGUGAAUCGGGUCAACCUGAGGUAGCGGUGGAUGACAUUAUGUGGAGCAAUGUCAUCCGCCCUAGAAAAGAGGUUCGUGCGGCCCGGGAAAACAACGAGACAGAUCACUUCGUUGUGGCAGAUGGACCGACAACAACAGACGUACUGAGGUCGAAGAUGACAAUGCAGGUCCCGGAAUCGGUACAGGCUCAAGGCCAAGGUUCGCUACAAAAGGCGAGGGACUACAGACUGUUGCAUGAUGCCCUCACUCGAAAAAGGUCCGAUCACGAAGCAACGUCUGAGUCAAUAGGCCUUUCCAUAGUGACGACCCAAUUGGAGCAGAUGCUUGUAGAUGAUGCCGGUUCUUCGCCUCUGCCUGUUGGUACUCUAAUGGAGUUUGCUGGCUUGAAGAUUGACGUGCCAGACGUAGAUGAGGCCUCAUCACAACUACACGCCCUCUUCCCCUCAGAGGAUAGACAAUGCAUCGUCGAACUUCAACGAAUUGCAUCUGUGCGUGUUCUUGAACUGGUGGAAGAGGAAGCAUGCGCAAUUUCAACUCUGUACGAUGCGAUUCUCCAGAAUUGGAUUGCACCGCUGCCCAUAGACGUGCCUAUUCGUGUUCGGCAACACAAGGAACGACUCGCUCGGCGAAUCGCAGCGGAGGUCAUGUUGGCCAGUACUUGCAUACGACGCAAUGAUAUACCAAUUGAGUCACAAUCUACCCAGAGUCAAGGCCGUAACGUUGCGCUACCCAUACUGGCAUCGAAACCAGUCGAUCGAGAUCAGUCCCAAUGCUCCGUUUCUCAAUCACUACCCUCAGUACCACCGUACUCUUCCUCGCAGCCACACUCAUCUCCCGCUACACCAUCACUCACUACGCCACCACCCUCCGACCCACUGGCCCGGUUAAGCAAAUAUCUCGACAUUAGCCGACCUUCCUCGACGGUCCCACACAACGUGAAUAAUCUCCUAGCGCACUGGCAUCUCGGUGCCGACCCUCGCACAUACGACUGGGAUACGACGGAACACGCACUUCGGCCCGAGAAGUUCGAUGAAGUCAGUCAAGAGCAGCGCGAGAAGGCACGUAAGAGGCAAGAGAGGCGGGAGAAGCGGCAGAAGCGUGAAGAUGAUCUCAUGAAAGCCAAGACGGUCAGUCUGCCCAGCGUGGAACCUGGCAGGUUUCCGAGGAGUUCACCGGGCCCGAUGCUUGGGAACAGCAGUCAGUUUCCUUUUCCGAGUCAAGUUGCGAUUCAGGGUCAUGGAGGUUUCGUAAUGCCACAGAGUCAAGUUGAGCCUGGGCGAUUUGGGGGGAGACCGGACAAGAAGAAAAAGAAGGGAAAGGGAAGGAUUAGUGGUUUUUGAAGUGUCAGGUACGAGUUGUAAGAAGUGUUCUGGCCGCGUGGGAAUAAACCAUAUUGCUGUAUCUAGAAGUUUCAUCGGAAGUCCACCGUACCUGAAGCCACAUGCCAUCAUCCGCGCGGAAGGAUGGAGCUCAGCUCCUCAAAGUGGGGUAUGGAGGGGUAGCUCCCAUUUUCCCCAACACGACCUCUACGAAGCCAGUUCAGCCCUGCACUGCACUUUAUCAUUUUAAAUCUAAAUCCUCAUUCAAAGAUUGUUCAAGUACUUUGGUGUCUCGAGAAAUAUUGCUCUUGCCCCUCUCAAUCAAUAUGUCAGGUUUCCCCACUCUCCAACCGGCCUUCACAGUCCGCGUCGCCAUCGAUGCGCCCAUGCCUGUCGGCGGACAAGCUGGAAGUCAAUUGGUUAUUGUGCCCAUGAUUAGUGGAACGGUGAAGAGCGAGGAGGGAUUUGAGCCCAAGCUUGAUGGGGAGUU